AUGGUGCUGGCAGCGUAUUUUGUGGUGGUGCGCUGUCCGGUGUGUGCAGUGGGCUAUAAACCUGAAAAAAUGUCAGAAAAUCUCGUAUCCGGCAAGACCUCCUUGAAAGGUCCAAAAACCUCAGCAAAGAAACAGAAAGGUGAAAACAAAGCUAAGGAAUCCUCAAAAGGAAAACGAACACAGCUUGGUAAAAAAGAUAAAAUUGAUCUUUCUAUGGCUAGUAUAGGCCACCCAGAAAUAUUUCCUUUAGUUUUCACUACAAAGACCCAAGAAAUUUUUAACUGCCGAGUUGAUGAAGACGUCACAGAAGAAAAUUGUUUCAAACUUAUUAAAAAAGAGGACAUCAUUCAGGACCUGAAAACAAGAGCUACAAUUUCUGAUUUCCACCCUAUCAAAAAAGUUGUCCUAGAGUAUCCAGGGGAAGAACUUUUGGUAGUUUUUGAUGCAAAGUUCCAGUAUGGACAGAACUUCUACUUUGUUGCUUCUGAGGAAGCCAAGGAAAACCUUCUGAAGCCUCCAGAAACUGCAGAAGAAAAAGAAGAAGAAAAAGAAGAGGAAAAUAGAGAGGAAACUCUGGAAGUCCAUCCUUAUAAGCCUCCUGUCCACAAACCCUGGGUUUCUCUUGGCAGCGAAAAGGAAGUUGAAGAAGAAUCUGUUAAAGACACUAUUACAAAGAUUAAGUAUAUGAUUUCUCGAGUACGCAGGAAGUUUGGUGCACCAAUUACAUUUACUGAUAAGAAUGCUUCACAUGUAAAAGACAGUUAUGUUGAAUGCACGUCCUAUCAAGACAAAACUUACAGUAUUAAAAUGCUUGAAAAAAAUGUGGGCAUACAAAUGGUUCCAAAAUUAAGAGAAGCUAGUACUCAGACAAAAUGGACCUAUCCAAAAAAUGCAGCCACGCAGUAUUUUCCUAGACAGUUGUCAAGUGAAGAGAAAGAAGAGAGUCUGUCAUCUGAGAAGCUGAAAGAAUUUCUUACAUCAGUACAUUUAAGAAUGGAAAUUGCAUUGCAGCAAAAUGAAAUUAUGAAUGCUUUUUUUGAUGACUGGAAGGCCCUAGCAGAAGAUGAAAGCAGUUCUGGUGGCAAGCCAGAUGUUUAUCUUAAAGCAUACCAGUCAUUUACAGAUCUGCGCCAUCUCAAGGACAGAACUAUAAGCUGGGUUUGCUGGCACCCAACCAUUUAUGGGAUUAUAGCAGUGUCAGCAGGAGAGCGGCUUUCUUAUGAAGAGCAAGUUAACCUUUCUGACAAAUCAUUGCUGCAGCAGUCAGUAAUACUUUUUUGGAGUUUUUUUGACCCUAUCCACCCUCAGUUAAUGUUGGAGUGUCCUGAAGACAUUUACUGCUUUCAGUUCAGUCCAAGUGAUCCAAAUAUCAUUGCUGGUGGCUGCAUCAAUGGACAGGUUAUACUGUGGGAUAUUUCUCAACAUGAAGAAAAGCUGCAAAAUGCAAAAACUGUUGCUGAUGGAAUUGAGAUAACAGCUGUUAAUAUGGUGAAUGCUUCCAUUCUAAAUAUCUUGGAAGAAGAAGAUUUCAGUCUACUAUUGUUUAUGCAAGUCCAGCAGAGUAGCACAGAGCCACCUCUAGUGAGAUACUGUGCUGUCUCUUCCAUACAGUAUAGUCAUGAAAAACCAGUAACAGAUAUACAUUGGCUGCCAGAUUAUUUUGAGGACAACCGAAUGGGUGCUACUUUUGAAAACAGAGCUGAAACUUGCGUGCAGCUUGUGACCUGCUCCCCUGAUGGCUCAGUAUUAUUUUGGGAUAUUCCAGCCACCAAACUUCCUGAACAACCUUCAUCUGAGAAAGUAAAAGAGGAGGAAACUUUUUAUGUGCCCCCUGAUGUUCCAGAUACUUCUAAGCAUCCAGAUGUCUGCUGGAAACCCCUCAUAAAGAUAAACCUGCGCGAAAGUGAUACCAACAUAGAGUACGGUCCCAUCAGAAUUAGUUUAAAGGAACUGCAUUAUCAUUCCAAACCCUCAGAGAAGGUGCAAUCUCUGAACGCACUAGAAGUACCUGCCAAAGAGAGCCCAUAUACAGAGAUGAGUAUUCCUUCAAGCAAAAAUCUGAAAGUACUAGAGAAUAUCUCCACUGACUUUUUCGUUGGAACUGAAGAUGGAGAAAUUGUUUAUUCCGACUGGGAAAUGGAAAUUCAUAGUCAGAAGCACGCUCAGAAAUACAUCAUCCACACUGAAACUAUCAACACUCUCCAGAGAUCUCCAUUUUUUAAAGACAUCAUUCUAAGCGUUGGAGGCCGGAAUUUUGCCAUUUGGAGAGAAGGGGUUACAAAUGGACCGAUCCUUCAGUCAAGCUGCUCUGCAGGAAGAUACACUGCGGGACAAUGGUCCUUAACAAGACCAGGAGUUUUCUUCAUUGGCAGAGAUGAUGGAAAUAUAGAUAUCUGGGACAUACUGAAGAAAACUCAUGAGCCAUCUCACCUCCAGAACAUCUCCAAAUCAACAAUCACUUUCAUCAGCCCCUGGACUGCCUCACCAAACCAGCAUUUUUUAGCUGUUUCUGAUGAUCUUGGAGUACUGCAUGUUUGGGAAAUCUGUCAGCCACUAAGUCACCCUUCGAGCAAUGAGGAUGCCAACGUACUUGAUUAUUUUGAAAGAGAAGUCAAAUACCUGAAGUACUGUGAACAAGAGUUUCAAGAGUAUCAAGAGCUUCAAGCCAAAACAGAAUUGAAAUGGAGCUGGAGGCACAGAGGGAGAAAACAGGCUGCAAACUACAUAUACGUUGAAGUCAACCAUACGGUCACGGCUUACCUGGAAAGCCCAACCAUCGCCCAUCCACUGCAGCUCUGUCCCUACAACCCAGAAGAGGCGGCAGCCUCAACGCGAGCCUUGUUCCCCACCACAGAGGCACUCUUGAGAGUUUUGAUUAAGGAAAUAUUCCAGAAGACAGCCGGAUUUCAGCUGGGUUUUCCUAACAGUGAGGACAAGGAGGCAGCAGAUCAGGGCUUUGCUGGUCGGCCCCCCUCCCGCCCCACAGCAAAGUAG